CCCUUUUGGUUGUUUUUCAAUUAAGCCCCCCAGCUCAAAGUCUCUGCAAGCCAAAAAUGGCAAUGAGAUUUAAGCCUCUGCUUUCAGUUUCAGCACCUCUUCACCAUUUUAAUUACUAUUGUCCACAACCCAUUUCUUAUUUUUCAAAGGAAUCCCAGUUCAGAAUCUUAGCAGCCAAAAUGGCCACCACCAGUGAACCACAAACCAAGACUCCUCCUUCUCAGACCAAAAUAAUAGACUCACAUUUACAUGUAUGGGCAUCUCCCCAAGAGGCUGCAGAUAAAUACCCUUACUUUCCUGGCCAAGAGCCCACUUUACCAGGAAAUGUUGAUUUCUUACUUGAGUGCAUGGCAGAAGCAGGUGUAGAUGGUGCACUGAUUGUACAGCCCAUUAAUCAUAAGUUUGAUCAUUCUCUUGUGACAAGUGUCCUGAACAAGUACCCAACCAAAUUUGUUGGUUGCUGCCUGGCAAAUCCAGCUGAAGAUGGAAGUGGGGUUAAGCAGCUUGAGCAUCUCAUUUUAAAGGAUGGCUAUCGCGCUGUUCGCUUUAAUCCAUAUUUGUGGCCAUCUGGUCAGCAGAUGACAAAUGAAGUUGGCAAGGCUAUGUUCUCCAAGGCAGGAGAACUUGGAGUACCAGUGGGUUUCAUGUGUAUGAAGGGUCUCAGACUGCAUCUUUCAGAAAUUGAGAAACUGUGCACAGAAUUUCCAUCAACAGUUGUUUUGCUUGAUCAUUUGGCAUUCUGCAAACCACCAACAAAUGAUGAUGAAAGCCUGGCCUUUUCUGAGCUUCUAAAUCUAUCUAGAUUCCCGCAGGUUUAUGUGAAAUUCAGUGCACUUUUUAGGGUGUCAAGAAUGCCAUUUCCAUAUCAGGAUUUAUCCAACAUAUUUUCCCAAAUCAUUUCCAGCUUUGGUGCUAACCAUGUCAUGUGGGGCAGCGACUUUCCAUUUGUUGUUCCUGAAUGCGGUUAUAAAGGAGCAAAAGAAGCAGUGUCUCUUAUUGCCAAUCAAGUUCCAUUAUCAUCAUCUGAGUUGGAGUGGAUCAUGGGUAAAACAAUCACACAACUCUUCCAAGGCCAGUGGAUUCAGUCUUAAGCAAUGCUGUCAGCGUAAAAUGUUGGCUUGGAUCAUUGAGAAAUUAUUAAAUUGAGAAGAUGGUAAUCUUCACUCCUAUUAGUCGUGAUUCUAAUGUAAAUUUUUUUAAAAAUUUUAUAGUAUAUUGCCUAUAAAUCUCCAAUUACAUGCCUUAUACUAUGGGACUGAUAAUAUUUUGGGAUCCAAACACCUUUAUGGCUUUAUUUUUA